AUGGCCAAAUCUAUAACUGCGUGCAAGUUGCGCCAGCAUUGGGUAAAUCGCCAAGAAAUCGCCCUUCUCGACGUCCGCGAAGAAGGCCCAUAUUCCGAGUCCCAUCCUCUAUUCGCAUUGAGUGUACCAGUAUCGGAGAUCGAGAAGAAACUGCCUCCGCUAGUUCCCCGAUUGUCCACCCCCGUUGUUGUCUACGACGAUGGCGAGGGCUAUGUCGAUCGGGCUGCAGCUCGGAUAUCAGCCCUAGGAUAUCGGCAUAUUGCCAUCUUGGAAGGCGGGCUCUCUGGUUACGCUCUUGUUGGCGAGGUCUACCGCGAUGUUAACGUUCCGUCCAAAGCAUUCGGCGAGCUCGUCGAGUCUAUCAGUCAUACCCCAUCCUUAUCUGCGCAGAAUGUCAAGGAGCUUCUGAAAAGUGAAAGCGAUGUUGUUGUUUUGGAUGCCCGUCGCUUCGUGGAGUAUAAUACAAUGAGCAUCCCUUGUGGACGCAGCUGUCCUGGAGGCGAAUUGCUAUAUCGUGUUUUUGAGGCAGUACCCUCUCCGAAGACCACAGUCAUCGUCAAUUGUGCUGGCCGAACUCGGAGUAUUGUUGGAACGCAAUCUUUGAUCAAUGCUGGAAUCCCAAAUAAAGUGGUCGCACUCCGAAAUGGGACUAUCGGGUGGACAUUGGAAGGGUUGGAUCUGGAGACCGGAAAGACCGAGCAGAUUCCACGGCCUUCAGUUCAUGCAUCGCAAAGGGCACGGGAGUACGCCAUUUCAUGGGCCAAGUACGUCGGCGUCUCUUUCAUUGAUGGAAAUCAGCUUGUUCAAUUCAACGCAAAGUCGGAAGAUCGGACUCUAUACCUGCUCGACGUGAGAGAUCCAGAGGAGUAUGCACUUGGUCACCCGACGGGCUUCUCCAAUGCACCCGGUGGUCAACUGGUACAAGCAACCGAUGAGUGGGUUGGUGUUCGAGGGGCCCGCAUUAUUUUGUACGACACGGAUGGUGUGAGAGCGAGCAUGACAGCCAGCUGGCUCUUACAACUCGGAUGGGAGGUGUACGUCUUAAAUGAGGGGACACAAGUGCCGAGUAGCCUUUUUGUGCUUGAACCUCCUUCAUGUCAUUUUUCAAAAUCUUCUUCUAUCUCAAUCGACGCCCUCAAAGCUCUCACAGGAGCGACUGUGGUCGAUCUCGCCCGCAGCACAUCAUACCGCAAAGGUCAUAUCCCUGGCGCAUUGUUUGCUUCUGGGCCCGAACUAGCCCGGGAUCUGCGGGCUGUAAUUGGCGAUGGCCCUGUCGUCCUCACUUCGCCGGAUGGUGAGGUUGCUGCCGCGAAUGUCGAGGUUGCUCAAAGUUCGGUCUCGCGAGAUGUCUUCUAUUUAGCAGGAGGGACGACGGCCUGGGUAGCCGCCGGCCAUCUGCUUGAGACCGAAUUGCGUUGGCUUUCUCAGCCAAUAGACGUGUACAAAAGGCCGUACGAGGGGACAAGUAACGCUCGCAAUGAUAUGCAAGGGUAUCUUGAUUGGGAAUAUGGGCUUGUUGCGCAACUGGCAAACGAUGGGGUCGCUUGCUUCCACGUUGUGCGCGACCGGCGCGGGCAGUCUGGUAAGCUGCAUUGA